UACUAGUCAAGCCACUUGUUGAUUUAAGUUUUGUAAACAAUAACAAAAGAUUCAUGUCUUGGCCGCAAAAAAUACUAAUAACCUACGACAACUUUACAGCCGAUUUGCCAGAUUUAAACAAUGACAAUAAAACAGAUAAAUGUUCCGCUUCGUGUAACUGCAAAUGCAAGUGCUGCCAUGGCUUCUAUGAGAAGUACGUGGCAUUCGAUGGAGAAACCGUAUUUGGUUCGAAAUUCUCAAAUGUGCUUGCCGGUGCCGAAGAUGUCCACAAAAUGAUUCGUUUUCGUAGCUCUGAUAUGCUACUGUUACUAAGGACAGCGCAAGCACGAGAUAAUUUUUGGAACAAUCAGUAUUACAAGGUUAACUUGCACGAGGAUUAUCAAGUUAUUUUAGAUGUUUUUGAAGCUAAAAAUCAGAAAAUUCAGGUGGAAAAGCUAGCGGCGAUUAUGGAUACAAUGAGCACAGGCUAUCGACGAGCAGUAAGCCAAUUGAAAGGUCAAGAGGCACAUGGAGCUUUAAGACCAAAAAAGGCAGCCAUGCGUCUAGCUGGAUUGCGUUGUGACUGCUAUAGUUGCGAGAAUCUUCCCUGGAAAAAGAUACAUAAUGUGGAGGAUCAUCAGAAAAUUCAUAACUAUUCGGACAACUUUCAUUGCGAGAUUUGCUAUAGGCGAUUUUAUCUGCAGCACUCACUCACCUCUUAUACCAGCAGGAAAAUAGGAGGGAAUACAUUCACCUCAGAACAACUCAAAGAAAAUACUCGAUACAAAAAGUUACUGGAGAAUCAAAAGUCAAAGGAGAAAAAGGAUUUGCAGUUACCACCGGCCAAAGUGGAGGGUAUAGUCGUGCACGUGCCCAAAUACUUGAAGUUGUCCUUCAAAGAGGAAACUAAACCACCUGUCCAGAAACGCAAGACUUCUAAACUCACCAAUUGUCCACUUUGUCAUCAGACAUAUAAAUACUCAUUUAGCCAUCAGUUACAUAUGCUUAAGCAUAGAAAUCCAAAAGAUAAAUCAGAUCCUAAACUCUUUUUCCCCUGUUCCUAUUGCGAUCGUUCUUUUCUCACCCGUAAAUUCCUAAAGAAACAUCAAAAGUCAAUUAGAAUAGCCAGCUAUGUACAAAAUCGUCGUUUUAAGUGUCCCAAAUGUUCAUGGAUAUUCCACCUGUCUACCACGCUUCAAUCCCACAUAGCCAAAAAACAUAAACGUAAAAAAAAGUGUUUAAUCUGCAAGAAUCCCAGUUUGGAUCGAUGUUGUGAUGCACACUCCCUCAAGGAAUGCCGGGAUGCCAUCAAAAAGCAUCGGGAUAAGUUGCGCCUAAUGAGAGGGCCACCAAAAGGAGUAUAUAAGAAAAAACCAAAACCAUUUUGCGAAAUCUGUAAAAGGGAGUUUACGAAUAAGUUUUUCUUCAGGGACCACUUGAACAAGAAACAUUUAAAAAGAAAGAAUUUCACCUGUGAAAUUUGCGGAGCGAAUUUCUACAGUCGAGCCACAAUGCAAUUCCACAGAAAAUCAGUUCAUUUUUUAAUCUAUACAGUCAAGUGCGAGGUUUGUGAUCUUAGCAUUAAAUCAAAAGCAAACUACCUGAGGCACUGCAAGUCACAGAGCCACAAGGAUAUGCUGAUUAAAUUGGGAAAGGAUAAAGAAAAGUCCCAAGAAGACAAUAAGAACUCAACAGAAACCAGUCAAAUAACAUCACAAUCUUUGGAUAUGGAAACGAGUACGGAUAAUAGUACAUUGACCGAAUGUAAAUCAGCAAAAGAAAGUGAUGAUGGAAAACAGACUCAGGUGAAAAAAGCUUCUAGUAUCCACAGAAAAGUUCAUUUCUGUGAACCCUGUGGUAAUGCCAUCGUCGGGAAUAUGCAACGCCAUUACAGAUCGACUAAACAUAAGCAUAACUUGAUUAAGUACAACAACAGCAACGAAUCACAAACAAAUGUUUUAAAAAAAUAAGUAGGUUUUAUAAGAGAUUACAAAUUUUAUGGCAGUAUAUUAGGCUUAAAAAUACGUAUUGGUAUGUU